AUGCAAAUUAAGAUAAAGAGCUUUCUUUUUAAGUUGGGGUUGGGUACUGUUCCAAAGUUGGGGGGAGGUUUAAACCUCUAGGGUGUCACAUUCCGGGUGUCACAUUCCUGUCAAUGUAAAUUAUAAUAAUGUGUGAAAACUGUGUUUUUGUUAAUGGGGACAAAUGGAUGUUGGCAUGAAAAUUAAAUUACAUAUGUUCAAAGUAAUGAUUCUAAAAUGGCCGCAAAGAAUUUCUUUAAAAAGUUUUAUCAGCAUUUGCCCUUUUUUGGGGGGGGUAUGGUAGAGGCACACUGCAGCCAUUUGUAUGGGAGGAGGGGUAGGAUGCACAUGCACGGCUUGAUGACCCCCCCUUCCUGCAUCCGAUCAAGUUGAGCCUUUUCUUCACUGGCGAAGUUCAUGGACGUCCUCCUCAUCUUGUGUUUAAUAGGCGCGCUGUUGCAGGUAUCAACUCUAUGGCGGUGAAAUUUCCAAGGUCGUAUUCAUUGACAGCAAAGACGCCCUGAAACUCUCUCAACAGAGACUUCAGCUCCUCUUUCUACCCCUCAUCCAGCUCCCCUGCAGAUCUGGUAAACAGAUCACGCAAGUACUCUGGAAUAUGCCCCUCGGCUCCUAGUCCUGCUCCUUCCUCUACAGAGACCGGGACUUCCUGUACAUCUACUACAUCCUCAGCCCUCCCCAACUUCCGCCCAUGCCUAAGUCGUACAUUGUGGUCCGUGGGGUUGACCACAUACACCUCGACUUCUUCAUCCGGGUCAUGGACCGUGCGUAAACCCAAAGCAUCCGAGGAUAAACCUGAGGACGGCUCGAACAUGAACUGACCCAAAGUUCAAUUGAGAUAAAAGAGGCCAUAUCUUGGAUGAAGCACAAUGUGGAGCCAAAGGCAAGAGUAUUUGAAUAUAUGGCCAAGACCUGUAAACGACGUCAAGACUGGAUUAAGAAAGAGACCCCAACCACAGCUGAGACUUUGGAGAUGUAUCCUCGGUUACUGGAUCCGGGAAUCAUUGAACAAGACUUCCGUCUCGCCAUUUCUGAGGAAACUAAUCAGUUGUAUGCCAAGUGGCCUUCCCUUUCGCAGAAGAUCUAUCAAUACAACAACCAAGUGCUGAAGAUCCAGUGGCAAGAUCAACUAGACCUUGGAGGGACUGACAUAGAGAAAUUGACAGAGAAGGACCGUCAAGAACUGGCCAUGAGCGUUCUACCAUUACUUUUCGUGGGGAGGAGCAAGGGAAUGAAAGGACGAUGCACCCCUGCAGAAUCACUGAGAUCAUUUAUAGAUAUGAAACCAGAAGGUACAGAUAUCCAGCACUUCAUGGCGACCAUUCCUGCCAAAGAACGUCCACAACCUUUCAUUUUGCUUCUCGGAGGAACCCGCUUCAAGCCGAACCAGGUGUUUAUGGUUGUUGAGAGAAAGGCUGUGGCUUGCUCCUCUGUACUUCAGGCAGUUGACACAUGCAUGAAGAUGAUCUACGUGCUGGAUGUAGACUAUCAGCCUCAGUGUAGUGCUGUGUGGAAGCUGCUACAGCACGUCGUCUAUGGAUUGCCACCUGGUACCCUCACUGGUGUGUCACUGAUUAACUUUCGAACAUGGCUAAAACAUUUGACCGAGGAUUAGCUAGGGUCCUGGAUAUAGGGACUGUGAAUGCUAUUUUCCUUAAGUUUGCAGUACUCUCAGUUUCGAAAGCCAAUUUUUAUUCAGUAACUGUGUUCAUUUUUCGUCUAAUUCAUAAUCUCAUCCUUGGAAGGUGCAUGUUCUCUGUGCUUAGGUGAAGUCACCAUUUGAGACUUUGCAGUACGCCAUGUUGUUUCAUCUGUCAUAUCAAUUAGCUGCUCACAAAAAAGAGUGUAAUUUUUUCUUGGUUACCAGCUUUUUAAAUAACCAAGAUUUUAUUUAUCUGAAAUUUCCAUUUGGUUGAGUAUUUUUGACUCCAAAGAAAUUACUCUGGGAACCCUAACCCAAAAUUAUCUUCAAAUAUGCGGCCUGCUGCUGAUAUGCGCUGUUAAAGGUCAUCAAACUUUUAGGUGUGUCAGACCUCUUUAAAAUUGUGAGAUUGGUUUUGUUGAUCAGAAGCCCUGAUACAUUAGUCAUUUUACAUACUGGAUACAUUUAAGGUAGAGCAUGACAGGCUACUGUGGAGACUACAUUUGAACAAGUGUAACUGAACAAUGGGGCCAAAUUCAUGUUGGUAAAAGUGUUGCCCCUGUUGAAAUCACUGAGGUUAACAGAAUGUAAGCCUACCCUUAUUACAGCCCAUUAUAGUGUUUUCCACCAGUGCAACCACAUGCAUUUUGAUAGUAUGAGGUUGAAAUUGUGAUUUUUCCUUGAUAGUGCCAGCAUUGGUGAAAGGUGAUGCAAAGACAUGUGUUAAGCCAGUUGUCUUGAGACACCAUUAUCACUGACUUGAUGGAGUUGAUAAAAAAAGUGGAGUUCAUGAAAAAAAAAACAGUGUUACUCAAUUUUUGGAAAGGUGAUUUUGAGCAGUAACUGCAGAACCAGUAUUUUAAAUUUCAUUACAUGUUUUGAAGAGUUAUACAGUAAAAUCGUUUUUCUCACAGGGAGCUGGAGGUAACUGUGUUGACAGUGCUUCAUCAUGGGACCAUAAAAAGUGCUUUUCUCCCAAAGUAUUACACUGUCUGGCUGCACUACAUGAUGCACAGUCACUCCUAACUCAAAGUGUUGUAUUAUUAAAGAGAGCCCUUUUCCCUCCAUCCAGCAGGUACAUACUGUUAAAAUGAGAUUUCAAAUAGAUCAGCAUUCCAGUGUAAUAUUAGAAGCAGCUUACUUGCAAAUGUAAAGACUCGGUUUUUAUAGAUACACCACAUUCCAGGAUUGCCAUAAAAUACACUGAUGCGGUGGCCUGUUACAUUGGUUUUGAUGAUCAAAUUUCACCAAACCAAAACCUGAUUUAAAAAAUAAUUUUCAAAGCUUAAAUUUUUCGUCAAAACAACAUAUGCAAACAAGAAGAGUCACUGUUACAGUAUUUGUUUACUGCUGUUUGUGAAAAACUAGCAAAGGGAUUUGUCAUGUGGUAAUGUAUGCAUUUUCUCUGUUAUUGUCAAUAAAAUUAACAAGAUUUAAAUCUGAA